AUGUCGUGGUUUGGAUCAUCAACUUCAGCGUUGCAACUAGAACUAGAUAACAAAAUCACAGAUGCAACUUCGGAAUCGAUCCCCAACGGUGAAUUGGAUUUAUCCGUGGCGCUAGAAAUUACCGAUUUCAUCCGGUCAAAGAAAUUGCCCGCGUUGACUUGUAUGAGAUGCUUAAAGAAACGACUCAACUUGGUUUACCUGAACCCCAAUCUCAUAAGCAGCACGCUCAAACUCAUUGACUUGUGUGUCAAAAACUGUGGGUUCCAUUUCCUUACUGAGAUUAGUUCUAGAGAGUUUAUGGAUUACUUGGUCGACUUUAUAUUCAAGAUUCACUAUGAUGUCAGGGACUCGGCGGUUAAACACGAUGAGGCAAAGUCGGAAGUUGGCGAGUUCAUCCUAACAUUGAUUAAACAGUGGACGAAUUUUUUCCAGGGACAAUUACAGCUCAACUAUGUUGAGAAGAAGUAUCAAACACUAGUUAAUGACGGGUACCAGUUCCCUUCUGCACAAGACCACCCUCCAGGAGACAGCAACUUUGUCGACUCGGAAGUACCACCGGAUUGGAUCGAUAGUGAUCAGUGUAUGAUUUGUUAUACUCCCUUUUCCAUGUUGAACAGGAAGCAUCAUUGUCGUGCCUGUGGUGGAGUUUAUUGUCAAGAGCAUUCGAAAAACAAUACCAAGUUGGUCAACUUGGGGAUCAUGGAACCAGUUCGAGUUUGCGACAACUGUUAUACAAAGCAGAAGCAUAAAAAUGGCGGUGUGGGUGCUACCGGUGGUGGCAGUGGUGGCAGCGGAGGCGCAUUUCAAGCAGGUGGCGCAGGUGCCGGCGCGGCUGACGAUGAUGAAGAUGAGCAACUAAGAAAGGCUAUAGAGUUGAGUUUGAAGGAAACGGGAGUUUCAGCGCAACCGGUACCAUCGCUGCAACCGAAGCCAGAGCCACCAAAGAAUACCACUAAUGAGGAUGAAGAUGAAGACGAAGAGAUGAAAGCCGCCAUCGCGGUGAGCUUGAAAGAGUACGAGUCGACUCAACAUGUCAAACAACCACUGCCUCGAGCGCAAGGGCAACCUGAGCCAGUGACGAAUCCAUUCCAAGAGCCAGAGCAACCAGAGCUGGAUCUCUACAAUAUCAGCUUCAACCCCAGCAACCAACCGGCUUUUGCUAAUCAGCACCUGUAUCAGCGACAGGCAGCUCAAGCACCAGUUCAAGCAUCAGCGCAGAAACAAGAACCAGUUCAAAAACACGAGCAUCAACAAGGUGGUGGUUCUCGUGCAAAACCAUACACUCUGCAAGAUCUUUCUCAAGCUGAAGAAGAACAAAUCAACCUCUUUAUCACGCUAAUGAACAAUGUGAGAGGCGAUCCAAAGAAACAAGCGAAUAUCAUGUACGACCAAAACUUGAAUGAAAUGCACGCUCAGAUUAUAAGGCUCAAGCCUAAGGUGAACAAAUCCUUGAGAGAAGCCAUGGAUAGAUAUGCGGCAUUUUUGGAAAUGAGCAAUAAAUUGAGCACAAUCACUCGUCUUUAUGAUCAAUUUUGGGAACAAAAGCUCAAUAUGGGCAUGCAAACUACCAGCUUGAGUGCUCAAAAUACCACUUUCAUCAACCCCAAUACACCGGGCUUUACUGCUCAAGGCACUGGUUAUCCAAACACAAGUUUGAACGCCCGCCAAAGUGGUGUUGCCAUGCCAAAUGCGAUGCAUGGAACCGGCUAUGCAAGUACCAGCUAUAAUGCUCAGAGCACAGCGCCACCACCAACUUUGAGUGCCCAGAACACGGCUCAACAAGGUCUGGUUUCAAACUUUCAAAAUGCAAUGCAUAACCAGGAGGCAGUUUAUCCAAAUCCAGGCUCGGAGUCCUCUUCUCAUUUUUCGCACCACAAGCAAAGAUUGAGCCAGCAAAAGACAUCUUAUCCUCCGUUUGAACAUUCUUUUUCAAUCCCCGAGCCUCCAAACCAAUCUCAAAGAAGAAAUGAAUCGAAUAUUCCGAGGUUUGACAACUUUGCCGAGCAAGUGCCGACUGAACCUGACUAUGACGAUGACGAAGAUGAAGAAACAAAUGUUGUUCCUUCCUCCAGUGUACAUGGACAAUCAAUCUAUCCUGCCACUGAGAAUUUGCCCGAGUCUAGUGAAAGUGACGUUGAAAGGAAUGGCCAAAAUUACCACCACAACGAACAAAACGAACAAAGUAAUCGAAAUGAAUAUGUUACAGUACAACUUCCCAACUAUCCACCACCCGAGGAUUUAAACAGCCAAUUACCUGCCCAGUCAUAUAUCCGUCAUGCUAGCAGUACACUACCACCAAAUGCAUAUGAAGAUGCUUCAACAAAGUUCCCUACUUUACAAAACGUUGAAGAUGACUACGAAAGACACAAGAAAUCAAAUGAAUCGACAAACACCACUACCACCACCACCACCAACAACAACAAGGCUUAUGAGAAUUUGCCGCAAUUGCCAUCGAAUUUACCCACCUUUGAUGUCAACUCGCAACAACAACAACAACAACAGGAGAAAAAGCGAUAUGAGCCCGAGCCGUUAAUAGAUUUAUGA